AUGGCAUCGAUCAUACUAUCGACCACCAGGAACCCGAUCAGAAGCACCGGAAAACAACAACUGAUACCACUCUUAAACCAACUCAGAGCAGUGACUAUUGAUGAUGGACGACUGAUCGGACUACCAACGACAACCACAGACUUCUCCUCGAUCAGCCGAGUCUUCCAGUCGAUCAAACAAAACCUCUGCCAAUCUCUCGCCGCAAUCUCUUCGUCGAUCCUUCACCCUCAUCAAUCGUCAUCGGCAUCAUCUUCAUCAUCAUCUUCUGCUGCUGCUGCUGCUACGGCUACCACCAUCGACCCUUACUUCUUUUACGACUUUGGUGGACUCUUGAAAGCCGUACCUAAGAAAAAAGUCUCGCAUUCGAGGAAACGGAUGCGUUCUGCCCAUAAAGGAAUCCAGCCUAACCUCAGUUUGGGAGUUUGUCCGGCUUGUGGGGAACCCAAACGACAACACUUCUUGUGUCUCCAUUGUUAUGCAGAUAAAGUCCUCGAACGUAGUAAGAGCAUCAAGACGCCUUGGGAAAAAGGGAUCACUCCUUGA